CAAACAAACAUUUUACCUCUUUCUCUCUGAUAUAUUUACAUUUUUGUUUGAAUUUCUCAUCUUUUUUUUAAAUAUAUCCAAACUAGUCCAUUUUACCCUAAUCCUACUUCUUUAUCAUUCUAAUUGAAAUUGUAUGUGAUUUCAAAUCAAUCCAUUCUUUCUCAUAGCUUACUAUUCGUAUUUAUAACAUUGAUUGAUGAUCAUUUGGCACCACUAAAAGCUCACCAAUCAUCAUCAUCAUUUUUAUUUCUUAAAAAAUAAAAUUUUCAUUCGAAUUUUGAAUUUACUAUUUUGACAUUUGUGGUUAUUGUUAGGUGUAUGUAGUAGAAGAUUCAUGCAUGUUUUUUUUUGUUUUCGGAUUGAUUGAUUAGAAUUGUUAGCUCUAAAUAAAUAAACAAAAAUGUCAUCGUGUGAGCAAGCAUCACCGAAGGAUCAGAUUGUUUUCAUCACCAAACAAGAUUAUGAAAAUAAUCGACCAUCCACAGAGUCAUUGAAGCUACCAGAAUUGCCUGAAAGCGAUCAAAGUCGUGGUCUUAUCAUGCCGAAUGGUGAAUUAAAUUUCAAUUGCCCAUGUUUAGGUGGAAUGGCUUCCGGACCUUGUGGUUAUGAAUUUCGACAAGCAUUCAGUUGUUUUCAUUAUUCCACCAACGAAGUUAAAGGUUCCGAAUGUGUGGAUAAAUUUAUCGAAAUGAAUAAUUGUAUGACCAGAUAUCCAAAUCUUUAUGCUAAUGAAAAUGCCGCUAUGAAUGCUGAACCUGCGGAUUUUAUUCAAUCUAGUGAACAACAACAACUCGACAUUGAUCAAAUGGAACAAUUAAAAUCAAAUGUUUAGAAAUGUGUUGAAUCCUAAAUGAAAUGAUCAUCUUGUUUUGUAGAAAUAAAAAUUUCCAAAUCAAUAAAAAUUUAUUCUUGCUCGUCAUCAAUAGAUGGCGAUACUGUUUGA